GUGUCAUUGUCUGAGACUAUUAUCAUGGUGUUCUGUUUUUAUAUUCUGCUAUUCCAUUAUUCUUUCUCUAAAUAGUUUGAAAUACACUCGAUAUUCUACAACCUGUACCAGAUGUUGUAAAGGAUGGACUGGCGUGCCUGGACGUUGCAGAGAUAUCAACGAGUGUCGAAGAAAGCCUUGUCCAUGGAAUGCUAGAUGCAUCAACACAGCCGGUUCCUAUCGCUGUGUUUGCGACCGUGGAUGUACGAUGGGACGACGGGAAUGUAAUGAUGUAAAUGAGUGCAGACGGAAUCCGUGUGGUAAAUACGGGAAAUGCCGCAACACAAUAGGGUCCUACAAAUGUUAUUGUAGUCGAGGGUUUAAAUGGAACGGGAGAACAUGUAUUGACAUCAACGAGUGUAGACGUGGGAGAGUCUGUGGUCGUUAUGCAAGAUGUUACAACACACCUGGUUCCUACUAUUGCAAGUGCUACAACUCGGGCUACAAGAAGAUCGGACGGAAAUGUGUAGACAUCAAUGAAUGUAAAAACAACCCUUGUCCUUCUGAUGCCAAAUGUUACAACUACCCAGGGUCUUACCGUUGUGCAUGUAAACGAGGUUACCAAUUUGUAAAUGGAAAAUGUGUUGAUUACAACGAGUGCAAAUAUAGAGGAAGAUGUGAGCACAUCUGUCUCAACACUCCCGGAUCCUUCUAUUGCCGCUGUAGAAAGGGUUUUGAAUUAUAUAAGAAACGUUAUUGCGUGGACAUCAACGAAUGUAGGUGCAACAAUGGUGGAUGCCCUUUCCCUUACAGAUGCGUUAACAAACCCGGGCACCACUACUGUGAUUGCCCCUUCGGGUUUGGAGUUAGAGGGAAAAUGUGUCACCUUUUGAUACCUCAAAAGCAACUGAACUUCACUCUCCCCAAUAACCAAAAAACCUUACCAAGAAUUAAUCUGCCAGAACAAAACUCAACUUUGGCGCCAUCUGAAGGUUAAGUCAGAAGCAAGGCAAGGUGGUCAUAAAUGGAAUACCUACCAUUUGUCUUUUCGAUGAUUUUCCCUCGAUCGAAACUUAUAUGGAAUCUAAACAACAUCGACAUGAAAAAAUAAUCGACCGUUACUCUCUACUGUAUUAUACAUUAAAAACCAUACUCCUACUCAAAUAGUUUAAACCCACACUACAUGGUAAUAAAAUAAUUAGCAUCGAAUUAAACAAAACAUUGAAAGUAUAAUCGCCGACCAAUAUCAAACGUUUCGCGUGGAACUUCUUUGUGGGGUAACCUCCAUGGCAAGUCAUCUUUUUAGGUGACUUCCAUAUGACAUAGGACAUCUCUUACAUGACCACCACAUCAAGUCAUCAUCAGUUAAGGACACGUGAUGACAAUUAUACUAUAUCAUCGUUGCGUAUGUUUCGAGUUUUUUUUAUAAAUUCUGUAAUUUCAAUUAGUUAGUUAAAUAAAUGACCAUUGCACUU